AUGCGCACAUCAUGCAUGCGCGCACCCGCAACUAGCCGAAGGGCACCAAAUCACCCCAAGAAGGACCUUACAAUCUCCGCCAUACCCGUUGGACCCCAGCUGUCAUCAGUGGCUCAAAAGCCGCUCAUGACAGCUGUUAACAAAAAUUCCGGGUGCCCCCAUCCCGUCGGCAUCUUCAGCCUCCCCUCCCUGCCUGGAGCCGCUCCGCGGCAUGAGAGAGCGGCGGGCAGGGGGGAGAGUGGAGCCGCUGUCAUUCUAAACAUAAUUCAGCACUCAAAAGAUACCCUCGAUAACUUGCAAAAACAAAAUGCUGCUUUUAAACCAGUUCUUGCAGUAAUUGAGGGAAAUGGUGAAGAUCAUACCUUGCAAACAACCAGAAAUUAUGCACAAGAGCUUGGUGUAGAUGUCCUUUACAUUCGUCUAACACAAGGGAGCAGCGAGGAAGAGGUUAUAGAUGAAAUCUUAAAACUCAAUGAAGAUCCUAAAGUCCAUGGAGUUGUCCUUCAUUUGGCUGAACCUAGCCUCAGAGUACUAAAUGCAUUGACACCGGACAAAGAUGUGGAUGGAGUCACAGAUAGCAACUUGGGAAAGAUGGUACGCACCAAUGCUAAGGAGGGGUUCAUAUCACCCACUGCUAAUGGUAUCGUCAGGAUCGUAGAACUAUUGGUUAACUCAUUUGAGGGGAAGAAUGUGUUGAUUGUUGGUGCUAGUAGUUCCCUGGAGGCCCCUCUAAACUAUCUGCUACAGAAGAAAGGUGCUGUGUCUACAUUUAGCUCCUGGCAGUCCCAGCAGCUGCAGAACAAGCUUGGUGCAGCUAAUAUUGUUGUUAUUGGAAGUACAAAACCUCAGGAGAUUCCAGUUAGCUGGAUAAAACAUGGAACAGUUGUUGUGUUUGCAGGUGGUGCUGAAGAGGGCAGUGAUGGGUUAGCUGGCUUAGCUGUAGGGCCACUGACAGCAGCCCUGAGGAUGGAGAAUUUAGCAAAAAGCAGUACAAGAUGGCUUGAUGCUCAGAAAUAUAAGAAGUGGAACCUACGUUGCUUAAAGCUACAACUUCUUUCUCCAGUUCCCAGCGAUAUUGAGAUUUCUCGAAGGCAGAACCCGAAAGCCAUUGAUGUGCUUGCCAAGGAGAUCGGAUUGCUUUCAGAUGAACUUGAAAUGUAUGGCCGGACCAAAGCCAAAGUACGCCUGUCUCUUCUGGAAAGGUUAAAAGAUCAACCAUGUGGAAAAUAUGUCUUAGUUGCAGGCAUUACACCCACUCCUCUUGGUGAAGGAAAAAGCACAGUUACCAUCGGGUUGGUGCAAGCACUCACCGCACAUAAAAAUAUCAAUUCUUUUGCAUGUUUGAGACAACCUUCACAAGGGCCCACUUUUGGGGUUAAAGGUGGAGCAGCGGGGGGUGGCUAUGCUCAAGUUAUCCCUAUGGAAGAGUUUAAUUUACACUUGACGGGUGACAUUCAUGCCAUUUCAGCAGCCAAUAAUUUGUUGGCAGCUGCCAUAGAUGCCAGGAUUCUGCAUGAGAACACUCAAUCAGACAAGGCUUUAUAUAAUAGACUUGUUCCUUCCAUUAAUGGGGUCAGACAUUUUUCUCCGAUCCAGAUUGCUCGUUUAAGGAGAAUAGGUAUUAACAAGACCGAUCCUGGAUCACUGACGACUGAAGAGAGCAGCAGAUUUGUACGCUUGGACAUUGACCCUUCUACAAUAACGUGGCAAAGAGUGGUUGAUGUAAAUGACAGAUUCCUCAGGAAAAUCACAGUUGGACAAGCAAACACCGAAAAGGGUUUUUCCCGCCAGGCUCAGUUUGACAUUGCUGUUGCAAGUGAAAUUAUGGCCAUACUUGCCUUAACUGACAGCCUGGGUGACAUGAAGGAGAGAUUCGGAAGAAUGGUCUUGGCUAGCGACAAAAAAGGACAGCCAGUGACAGCAGAAGAUUUGGGCAUAACUGGAGCGUUGGCUGUGCUAAUGAAGGAUGCAAUAAAACCAACCUUGAUGCAAACUUUGGAGGGAACACCAGUGUUUGUUCAUGCUGGUCCUUUUGCUAACAUAGCACAUGGCAGUUCUUCAGUUUUGGCAGACAAGAUUGCGUUGAAGCUGGUGGGAGAAAAUGGCUUUGUGGUGACAGAAGCUGGAUUUGGUGCUGACAUUGGAAUGGAAAAAUUCUUCAACAUUAAGUGCAGAGCUUCUGGCUUGAUUCCCAAUGUGGUUGUUCUUGUUGCUACUAUUAGAGCUUUGAAGAUGCAUGGAGGAGGGCCCAAUGUUACUGCUGGAGCUCCUCUAGCAAAAGAAUACAUAGAAGAGAAUCUCCAACUGGUUCAGAAUGGCUGUUGUAACUUACAGAAGCAGAUCCAGAUUGCUCAGCAGUUUGGCAUUCCAGUUGUGGUUGCCCUAAAUAUUUUCAAAACCGACAGUCCGGCAGAAAUUGACCUGGUGUGUAAAAUUGCUAAAGAAUCUGGUGCUUUUGAUGCAGUUCCAUGUAAUCAUUGGUCAUUUGGUGGAAAAGGAGCCCUAGAACUGGCUGAAGCUGUAAAUGAAGCUGCAAAACAACAUGUAGACUUUAGAUACCUGUAUGACUUGGAGUUGCCCAUUGUAGAGAAGAUCCAAACCAUUGCUCAAAAGAUCUAUGGCGCUGCAGACAUAGAACUGUCCCCAAAGGCUCAGUCAAAGAUUGAGGUCUACACUCAGCAGGGAUUUAAUAAACUUCCCAUUUGCAUGGCCAAGACCCAUUUGUCUCUGUCACACCAGCCCGAGAGGAAAGGAGUGCCAACUGGAUUCAUUCUGCCCAUAAGUGAUGUGAAGGCUAGUAUUGGAGCUGGGUUCAUAUACCCUUUGGUUGGAACUAUGAGUACCAUGCCAGGAUUACCCACAAGACCUUGCUUUUAUGACAUUGACCUCGAUCCUGACACUGAAGAAGUGAAAGGACUAUUCUAAGCAAACCUCAGAAUUCUGUACUGCCUGUGCCUGGAAUCUGUGUGAAUCCCAAGAAUGCUUACUACUUCAUUUUUUCUCUCAGCCAACUGGACCCACUGAGAAACCGCAGCAGCUUUACAUUCACAUCCAAUCUUUCCAAGAACUGAAACGUUAAACAUGAAGCUACUGCGACAAAGGAUAACUGGUUUACUUAUAGAUCACUACUUGAAGUAUAAG